UCAGGCUCGGCGAGUUCCGGGACUUUCCAGGAGCCUUGCCCCGCCCCGCCCGCCCCGUCCGCCCUUCCACCCUCCGCAGCCCGGUGUCCCCGCGCUCGGGCGCAGACCGGGACCGCACCGGAGCCUCUGCCCAGCCGGGAUGGCGGAGAGUCCCAGGCCCGGGCGCUGCGCCCGCGCGCCGACGGCCGGCUCAGGGGGCCCCGCUCCCCGCGGGAGCCUCCGCCUGGCGUGGCUGGGGACCGCGCUGCUGCUGCUCGCCGACUGGGCGCUGCUGCGGCCGGCGCUGCCCGCGGUGUCGUCCCGGCUGGUGCCCGCGGCGCUGCCGCUGCUCCGGGUCUGGGUGGGGGGCCUGAUCCGCUGGGCUGGGCUGUGGCUCGGGGCCCGGGGGGUCCUCUGGGCAACAGUUGGCACCAAGUGUGACAGCGGCGCCCUGGGAGGCCUGGCUGCUUUGGAGCCGCUGGCGGCGGCGCUGGGCUUGGCUCUGCCGGGACUUGCCUUGUUCCGAGAGCUGGUCUCGUGGGGAGCCCCCCGCGACGCGGACAGCUCGAGGCUGCUGUACUGGGGGGGUCGCCUCGACGCCUUCGCCCUUAGCUACGUAGCGGCUCUGCUCGCAGCCGCCCUGUGGCUGAAGCUGUGGAGCCUUGGGGUGCGCGGAGGUCCCGGGGGUUCUGCAGACGCGGUCCGUCGGCUCCUGGGCUGCCUGGGCGCAGAGGUCCGCCGCCUGCCGCUCGUUCUGGGCCUGUUGAUCCUCUCCUGUCUCGGUGAGAUGGCCAUUCCAUUCUUCACCGGCCGCCUCACCGACUGGAUCCUACAAGACGGAACGGCCACUGCCUUCACUCGGAACAUCGCGCUCAUGUCCAUCCUCACCAUAGCCAGUGCAAUGCUGGAGUUCAUGGGCGACGGCAUCUACAACAGCACCAUGGGCCGCGUGCACAGCCGCCUGCAGGGCCAGGUGCUCCGGGCUGUCCUGCGCCAGGAAACAGAGUUUUUCCAACAGAACCAAACAGGUGCCAUCACAUCCCGGGUAACAGAGGACACGGCCACCCUGAGUGAGUCCGUGAGCGAGCAGCUGAGCCUGUUGCUGUGGUACCUGGUGCGGGGGCUGUGUCUCUUGGGGCUCAUGCUCUGGGGGUCACCGUCCCUCACCCUGGUCACCCUGGUCACCCUGCCUCUGCUUUUCCUCCUGCCUAAGAAGCUGGGAAAAUGGCACCAGGUGCUGGCAGCAAAGGUGCAGGAGUCUCUGGCAAAGUCCAGCCAGGUGGCCAUUGAGGUUUUGUCAGCCAUGCCUACAGUCCGGAGCUUUGCCAAUGAGGAGGGUGAGGCCCAGAAGUUCAGGCAGAAACAGCAGGAAAUGAAUAUACUCAACCGGAAGGAGGCCGUGGCCUAUGCAGUCGACCUCUGGACUUCCAGUAUCUCGGGGAUGCUGCUGAAGGUGGGAAUCCUAUACACCGGCGGGAAGCUGGUGACAAGUGGGGCUGUGAGCAGCGGGAACCUUGUCAUGUUUGUUCUCUACCAGAUCCAGUUCACCACAGCUGUUCAGGUACUGCUCUCCACCUACCCCAGGGUGCAGAAGGCUGUGGGCUCCUCAGAGAAAAUAUUUGAGUACCUGGAUCGGAUCCCUUGCUGCCCAGCCAGUGGUGUGUUGACUCCUUCGGACUUGGAGGGCCUUGUUCAGUUCCAAGAUGUCUCCUUCGCCUACCCCAACCGUCCAGAUGCCCCAGUGCUGCAGGGGCUGACGUUCACCCUGUGUCCUGGUGAGGUGACGGCGCUGGUGGGGCCCAACGGCUCUGGGAAGAGCACCGUGGCAGCCCUGCUGCAGAACCUGUACCAGCCCACGGCAGGGACGCUGCUGCUGGACCGGAAGCCCCUCCCCCAGUAUGAACACUGCUACCUGCACAGACAGGUGGCCGCAGUGGGACAAGAGCCACAGUUAUUUGGAAGAAGUUUCCGAGAAAAUAUUGCCUAUGGCCUGACCCAGAAGCCAACCCUGGAGGAGGUCACAGCUGCGGCAGUGGCGUCCGGAGCCCACAGCUUCAUCUCUGAACUCCCUCAGGGCUACGACACAGAGGUAGGCGAGGCUGGGGGCCAGCUAUCAGGGGGUCAGCGGCAGGCAGUGGCCUUGGCUCGAGCACUGAUCCGGAAACCACGUGUACUCAUCCUGGACGAUGCUACCAGCGCCCUGGAUGCAAACAGCCAAUUACGGGUGGAGCAGCUCCUGUAUGAGAGCCCCGAGCGAUGCUCCCGCUCUGUGCUUCUCAUCACCCAGCGUCUCAGCUCCGUGGAGCAGGCUGACCACAUCCUCUUUCUGGAAGGAGGCACCAUCUGCGAGGCGGGAACCCACCAGCAGCUCCUGGAGAAGAGGGGACGCUACUGGGCCAUGGUGCAGGCUCCUGGCGGGUCGGGUGAUCCGGAAUGAAAGACUUCUCAUGGCCUCCCCCUUUCCUGCUGGCCAUGGGGGAGAAUUUGGGAGCAAGGAUCUUACAGAGCUGCAGAGUAGACAGGAGCGACUCCCUAAAAUACAGCCCCUACGUGAUACUUGAAAUUCUGCCAUGCGUGAUAGCCUCUCUCCAAGCUCUUGAGAAAUGCAGAUUUCCUGGAAGAAAACCUGGUUUAUAACUGUGCUGUAACUGGGUUUACAGCCGGGGUCUGUGUGGCUCACACUGAAAAUGAGGAUAAAUAUUUAGAAUCUACAUAAAGGAAAGAUCAGCUACUUCCCAACACAGCAAAGACAUAUAUACGUGACCCAUAAAUACCCUGUGGAUUGCUUGAUAUUUAUAAUAAAAUCGGUGUUUUGUACUGCG